AUGGAUAUUGCCACGAAAAACAACAGAGCCAUUUUGGGAAUAAAUAUUCAGUAUAUAGUCGAUAAACGAAUCGUUCUUCGAACAUUGGCUAUGAUUCGAUUGAAAGAGUCACAUACGGCAGUACAUUUGGUUGAAGUGGUUUUAGGCAUUUUGGCGGAGUUCGGAAUCGCAUUGGAUCAACUAUUUUCGGUGACCACCGAUAAUGCUGGCUAUAUGUUGUUGUCAAGUGAAAUUUUAGAUGAAAUUGCAGAGGAAGAUUCGGAUGGCACUGAAUACGCAGAAAUGUCCGAAGAACAAAUUGACGAAGAAUUCUAUCGACAGCUGCUGAAGGAUACUGAGCAAGAAUUUCUUCAUUAUACCACACCAGAACAUGUGAAAUCCAUUCCGUGUGGUGCUCACCGAUUUCAACUGGCAAUCCAAGAUGCAUUUGCUGAAUCAUCAAAAGCUGAUAAUCUGAUUGGAAAGAUCCGAGGAGUGAUGAAAAAACUGCGUACACCGAAUUUGUGCAAUGCUUUGAAUGAGCAAAACAUGAAAAAGCCAUUUCUUGAUAACAAAAGACGGUGGAAUGGAAAAUAUUUUAUGGUAAAAAGGUGUUUGGAGCUAAGGGAAUUCGUUGAUAUGAUGGCAGUGACCGACAAAACAUUUAAAAUCACCGAUGCAGAAUGGCUUGAUUUAGAAGAAUUGCGAGACGUCCUUCAUGAUUGUGCCGAAUUCACAAAAACCAUUCAAGGCGUACAAAUCACUCUCUCAGAUUUUUAUGCCGAGUGGGUUCAACUCAAAUUGAAGCUGCAGCCAAAACAACGUAUCAAAUUCGUUGACAAUCUCAUCAAACACAUGGGUAAGAGAGGGAACGAUUUGCUAACCGAUCCAUUGGUUUUGGCAUCAUUGUUUUUGGACAUGCGAUACAGAGUGUUAUUAAAUACGAAACCAAUACAAAAGCAACUGGCGAUGAAUCAAUUAACACUGUUGUGGAAACGUGUUUGCUCGUUGCGGCCAGAAAAUCAACAAGUUGAAAAUACAUCAGAAGCCACAUCUGAUACAGGCGGCACUGAAAAUGAUUCAAAUGUUAUGGAUUCUUAUUUAGAUUCAUUGGAGUCAAGUUCUUAUCAGCCGUCAACAAACACAGCAAGCGAAGACAUUAUGUUUAAAUUGCAACAAUAUAAUGUCGAAGCCGAACAAAAGAAAAGAGAACCGAAAACACGACACCCAAUGGAUUUUUGGUAUGAAAACCGGCAUACGAUGCCUGAACUAUAUGAAUUGGCAAAAUUGGUUUUUGCAGUAUGCCCAACAGAAACGAGCGUUGAGCGUAAUUUUUCUGGUUUGUCGUAUGUUUUGAACAGAUAUCGAGGCAAUUUAACGGAUAAAAAUUUAGAGACUAUAAUGUUUGUGCGAUUAAAUAAAGAAUUAUUUGACCGUGUCAUUAUUAAAUUGCAAUAA